CUCUCAGCCGGGGAGGCAAAUGAUUGGCUCUUCGUAGGGGGAACGUCUUAAAGACACCGUAAUAUUUAUAUAACGUUGUACCUCCGUGUGGUCUUUAACUGGUCAAAUUUUAAAGAGAUAAAAUUGCUAAUCAUGAGGCAGACUAAACGGAAGCGGGGAACUUCUCCUGUCUUGGAAGAACCAAAGGAGGUUACUGAAGGUGCAGAACAAGACCGUAAAAGCAUCACCAAGCAUAAAAAACAUAAAGCUGUAAAGGCUAACCCAAGAGAGAAGAAACCCCAAGAAGAGUACAAAUGUUGGCUGAUGAAAUCAGAGCCAGAGACCAGAAUAGAAAAAGGACUGGAUAUGAAGUUUGGAAUUGAAGAUUUAAUGGCACAGCCCAGCCAGACAGCUUGCUGGGAUGGCGUCAGGAAUUAUCAGGCUCGUAACUUCAUGAGAGCAAUGAAGAUUGGGCAGCAAGCUUUUUUCUACCACAGUAACUGCAAAGAGCCAGGAAUUGCUGGCAUUGUGCAGAUUGUAAAAGAAUCUUAUGUGGACCAUACUCAGUUCGACCCAAAAAAUCCACAUUAUGAUGCCUCUAGCAGCCAGGAUAACCCUAAAUGGUCUAUGGUGGAUGUCCAGUUUGUACGGAAGUUAAAGCGUUACAUUCCUCUGGCGGAGUUAAAGAAGCUUCACCUAAAUGACAAAUCAUCAGGGGGCCCUCUAAGGAACAUAGCUUUGUUUACAAGAGCAAGGCUCUCUGUGCAGCCUUUGACCCAAGAGGAAUUUGAUUUUAUUUUAAAGUUAGAAGAUCAGAAAGACAUAUAAGGCUUGAUGAGGCAACGUGAAUCCUUGCUAAAGUCACCUGAAUGAACAUCAUUCCAUUUUCCUUUGUAUCUGUUGUAUUGUCUAUGUUGUUUCUUUCACUUUUUAAAUAAACAAAUGGUACACUU